AUGAUUUGGGGUUGUCUGACUUACAAUGGUGUGGGAAUUUUGGAAUCUGUUGAGGAAAAUAUAGAGAAGUUUAAAGACUGCAUUGCCAAGAAUUUUCCAGAAGGUGACUAUAUUUUUCAAGAGGAUAAUGCCUCAGAGAACGCAUCGAAGAAUGAGGCAAUAGAAACUGCACCAACAACCCGAGUUGAGGCUAUAGAAACUGCACCAACAACCCGUGUUGUGGCUAUAGAAAGUGCACCAACAACCCGAGUUGAGGUUAUAGAAACUGCACCAACAACCCGUGUUGAGGCUAUAGAAACUGCACCAACAACCCGUGUUGAGGCUAUAGAAACUGCACCCACCACCCGAGUUGAGGCAAAAGAAAAUGCACCAACAAUCCGAGUUGAGGCUAUAGAAACUGCAUCAACAAUCCGUGUUGAGGAUAUAGAAACUGUACCCAUUACCCGAGUUGAGGCAAAAGAAACUGCACCAUCAAUCCCGACUAAAGAAACUGCACCAACAACCCGAGUUGAGGCUAUAAAAACUGCACCAACAAUCCGAGUUGAAGCAAAAGAAACUGCACCAAAAACCCGUGUUGAGGCUGUAGAAACUGCACCCACCACCCGAGUUGAGGCAAUAGAAACUGCAUCAACAACCCGAGUUGAGGCUAUAGAAACUGCACCAACAAUCCGAGUUGAGGCUAUAGAAACUGCACCAACGACCCGUGUUGAGGCUAUAGAAACUGCACCCACAACCCGUGUUGAGGCUAUAGAAACUGUACCAACAACCCGAGUUGAGGCUAUAGAAACUGCACCCACAACCCGUGUUGAGGCUAUAGAAACUGCACCAACAAUCCGAGUUGAGGCUAUAGAAACUGCACCCACAACCAGAGUUGAGGCUAUAGAAACUGCACCAACAACCCGAGUUGAGGCUGUAGAAACUGCACACACAACCAGAGUUGAGGCUAUAGAAACUGCACCAACAACCCGAGUUGAGGCUAUAGAAACUGCACCAACAAUCCGAGUUGAGGCUAUAGAAACUGCACCAACAACCCGUGUUGAGGCUGUAGAAACUGCACCCACCACCCGAGUUGAGGCAAUAGAAACUGCAUCAACAACCCGAGUUGAGGCUAUAGAAACUGCACCAACAAUCCGAGUUGAGGCUAUAGAAACUGCACCAACGACCCGUGUUGAGGCUAUAGAAACUGCACCCACAACCCGUGUUGUGGCUAUAGAAACUGCACCAACAACCCGAGUUGACGCUAUAGAAACUGCACCCACAACCCGUGUUGUGGCUAUAGAAACUGCACCCACAACCCGUGUUGUGGCUAUAGAAACUGCACCCACAACCCGUGUUGUGGCUAUAGAAACUGCACCAACGACCCGUGUUGACGCUAUAGAAACUGCACCAACGACCCGUGUUGACGCUAUAGAAACUGCACCAACGACCCGUGUUGACGCUAUAGAAACUGCACCCACAACCCGUGUUGUGGCUAUAGAAACUGCACCCACAACCCGUGUUGAGGCUAUAGAAACUGCACCAACAACCCGAGUUGAGAAUUUUCAGUAA